CUCGAUGACGUUCUCCGGCAGGGGAACGUGACCACGGACUACCCGGUGGCCGAGACCAUCAUGAUGGUUGGCUUCUUUGUGACGGUGUUCGUGGAGCAGCUCGUCCUGACCUUCCAGAAGGAAAAACCCUCCUUCAUUGACCUGGAGACCUUCAACGCCGGGUCGGAUGUGGGGAGCGACUCGGAAUAUGAGAGCCCCUUCAUCGCCUCGUCCCACGGGCGCCCCUCGUACGGUGACCGUGGCCACCACUCCCACGGCCUGAACGUCCAGCAGCUCUCCCGCUCCAGCCCCCUGCGGCUCGUCGGGCUGGUGUUCGCUUUGUGCACGCACUCCAUCUUCGAGGGGCUGGCCCUGGGCCUGCAGGAGGAGGGCGGGAAAGUCGUGAGCUUGUUCCUGGGAGUCGCCGUUCACGAGACCCUGGUGGCCGUGGCCCUGGGCGUCAGCAUGGCCAAGGCCUCGUUGCCGCUGAAGGACGCCGUGAAGAUGGCUGUGGCCGUGAGCCUGAUGAUCCCUCUGGGCAUCGGCGUUGGGAUGGGGAUCGAGAGCAGCCGGAACGCAGCCAGCGCCGUCACGUCCCUGCUGCUGCAGGGCAUGGCCGGGGGCACCUUCUUGUUCAUCACCUUCUUCGAGAUCCUCGCCAAGGAGCUGGAAGACAAGAACGACCGGCUCUUGAAGGUUCUCUUCCUGGUGCUGGGCUACACGGCUCUGGCAGGGCUGGUCUUCUUCAAGUGGUGA